AUGCGGUCCUCGGACCUGGCUUCUCGGCUUCUCCGAAAUCAGAUCGUGACUGACGCACAUAACUUAACGAAGGAUGCUGCUUGGGCCCAGCACUGUGAUCAGAAGUCAGCAGCCCCUGACACUCCAGGGGAAGAGGGAACCAGCGUUCUGGGAGCAAGAAUGACUCAGGCAGCAGAUCGUCAGCCUAUCUUGAAAACAGUUAAGGAAUCAGAUGAGGAUUGUCAACUGAGGAUCAGUGACCAGAUGCGAGAAACCAGCGACCUUGAGGACUCCUGGGAUGAAUCCUCAGGUGCAGGGUGCUCUCAAGGGACCCCCAGCUACAGCAGCUCCCACCGCCUUUUCAGAGGUGCAGCCGCUCCCUGUCAGAGCAGCCCCAUGACCAGACUGGGAGUGUGUGGUGAGCCCAGCCCCUGCACCAGCUCCGGCCGAAACACUCCCGGGGUGGCCUCGGCACAGCGGCCUCCGGGCUCCUCCUCCAGAGUUCCUUUUGUUCCUGGUGGGGAUGGGCCUUUGACCAGUGCGGCCCCUCCCAGGUGGGCAAGGCGAAGAAGGCGGUCAGUGGCCAGGAUUAUCGCAGCCCAGUCGGCAGAAAACAGGAGAUUGGCGCGAGAACUUUCAAAGCGGGAGGAAGAAAAACUGGACCGGCUGAUUGCCAUUGGCGAGGAGGCCAGUGCUCAGCAGGACACCGCCAAAGAGCUGCGCAGGGAUGCCGUGGCCGCGGUCAGACGCCUGGCCACAGCGGAGGAAGAGGCAACCGGUGCUUUUCAGCUGGCGCUUGAAAAGUUGCUUCAGAGGUUAAUUUCAAACACCAGAAGUUAG